CAGAUUCUUCUAGCACGUCCGCAAAAGGUGACAGCUUUUUUGGGAAUUCCCUACGCACAGCCUCCAAUCGGUCAGAGGCGAUUCGCAGCCCCUGUGACGGACCCCAUUGUCUCGUGGAGCGGUCCGCGUAAUGCGACGCAAUUUGCGCCGUCUUGUCAUCAAGAUCUUAAGCUGAUAAAGCAUCACGAGAUGCUGUACAGAAAGUUGCUACCUUCUGAUUGGGAAGAUCCGGGUUACAGCGAAGAUUGUCUUUAUUUGAAUCUUUUCAUUCCUGAUGAUCCACCACCGACGGAGGGGUGGCCAGUAAUGGUGUGGUUCCACGGUGGUGACUUUAACACCGGGACCCCAGCAAUGUGGGACGCAACAGUUUUUGUCAACAAACAAAAGAAAAUAACUCAUUUUAUUUUCGAAAAAAUACAUAUUUGUCAUAAUUUUUGUCAACAGAUUCUGGUAGUGACGGUGGCGUACCGUCUAAAUAUCUUCGGGUUUUUCACAACAACAACAGCCGAGGCACCAGGAAAUUACGGUAUGCUGGAUCAAGUUGCCGCAUUGGACUGGGUUCAGCAAAACAUUCAGCACUUUAAUGGCUCACACGAUAAUGUUGUGAUAGCCGGGCACAAUGCAGGCGCAAUAAGUGUAGGCUUACAUAUCGUGAGUCCGUUAAGUAAAGGUAAAUUUGCCAAAGCGAUAACGAUGAGCGGUGACCCAAUAAGUACCGUAAGAACACCAGAGCUGGAAGCGCCGAUAGCUGACCAAGUUGGAGAACGUUUUGCGUGUUUCAUACGCAACAGGACCCGAUUGAUGGAGUGUCUUCGUCGUGUGCAAGCUUCUGUGCUUCUUAGAGAGACUGCGGACAUCGAAACAUGGGGUCCAAUAAUCGACAUCACCACGACCAACUCAACGGAUCCAUUUCUGCCAAUGUCACCGCGGGAUAUUUUAGAAACGGGCAAUUUCAACGCGGUUCCACUGAUGGCCGGCUUCACAAGCAACGAACAAUCACUUGCUUACUUGGAGAGUCUAGAGAACCCCGGAGAUGAGGGUAAGAUGACGUUCAAUAAGUUUGAUAGCUUAAUAAGAGACGAAAUACUUGCCUUGAUCAGCGGAACCGGAGACAACAGUUCAACUUGCGAGUCAAAGCCUCAAAUGGUCGCCGAUGCGGUUUUAUUUUUUUACAAGCCGUACCCACAGACAGAAGACACCAGUGUGUACAGAGAUCGUUACCUAGCGCUGCAGACGGAUAAGAAUUACGCAGCUAGUUUGACUUUAUUGGCGUCACGUGUAUCGAGGCAAAAGGAAACAUUUGUUUAUCGGUUUGACUACAGACCAAUAACACAACUGGUAGUGCGUGAUAUCCCCGAAUGGGCAGGUGUACCUCAUAUGUUUGAAUUACCGUUUGUCUGGGGACUGCCUCACAUGUUUGGCAGCUCAAUAGUGUGGCGGAGUAGUGAUAAAAAUUUGGCUGAUGUUAUGAUGAGGAUGGUAGGUAAAUUUAUUCGCAGCGGAAACCCUACGCUCGAUAUUGUACAGUGGGACCCGUUUAAUGAACAAUCGCCUGGUAUAUUAACUAUUAAUAGGACUAUCAGUAAGAGUGAUGUCGAAGCUAUCGAUCAUAGAAUUUUGGCAUUCUGGAACGACUACUACCCCAGCUUAAUUCAAGAGACCAUGAAUUUUUGCUGCAAUGCUACCAAUGCCGCG